AUGGUACUGUCGCUACUGUACUCCAUCAAUCAGACCAUCUGCCAGCGCCUGGACAACAUAGAAGCUAAGCUGCAAGCCCUGGAGGCCACUUCCAAGUCCCUGGAAGAGAAGCUGGACAUGGUCAUGAACAAGAACCAGGGGCCAAUCCAGGUGCCCAUGGUGGCUGGAUCUCCAUUAGGAGCCACACAAACCUGGAACAAAGUGCGCUGUGUGGUCCCCCAGACCAACGUCAUCGUCAGCAGUGACCGGUCGAAGGUGGCAGGACAGGAUGAAUCUGUUGCUCGAGGGACAGAGUCAUUGGAAAACCUACUCAGCAACACCGUCAGCGGACGCAGACAGAACACUAUUCUUGUGAAGGUCCCUGCGCCAGAGGACAGUCACAACGAGGAUGGCGAGAGCGGCUCCGAGGCCAGCGACUCGGUGUCCAACAGCGGUCAGUCCGGCAGCCAGGCAGCUGGUAACAACGUCACCCUCAUCACCCUCAACUCUGAAGAAGACUAUCCCAACGGCACGUGGCUGGGAGACGAGAACAACCCGGAGAUGCGCGUCCGCUGCCCCAUCUCGUCCAACGACAUGCUGCACAUCAGCACCAACUGCCGCACCGCGGAGAAGAUGGCCCUGACCCUGCUGGACUACCUCUUCCACCGGGAGGUCCAGGCCAUCUCCAACCUCUCUGGCCAGGGCAAGCACGGCAAGAAGCAGCUGGAUCCCCUCAUGAUCUACGGCAUCCGAUGCCACCUGUUCUACAAGUUUGGCAUCACAGAGUCAGACUGGUACCGCAUCAAGCAGAGCAUCGAUUCCAAGUGCCGGACGGCGUGGAGACGGAAACAGCGGGGUCAGAGCCUGGCGGUCAAGAGCUUUUCCCGGAGGACCCCGGCCACCUCCUCCUUCUCGGGCACAGAGGGGAUACAGACCACAGCAGCAUCCCCUACAGAAGGCCCAAGCCAGCAGACGCUGCACUACACCUUGGCCAACACACAGCAGGUCCAGAUUCACCGCAUCGGGGAUGAUGGCCAGGUACAAGUGAUCCCUCAGGGACAUCUCCAUAUUGCUCAGGUUCCCCAGGGCGAACAGGUGCAGAUCACACAGGAUAGUGAGGGCAAUCUGCAGAUACAUCAAGUCCAUGUUGGUCAGGAUGGACAGGUCCUGAGAGGGGCCCAGCUCAUUGCUGUGGCAUCUGCCGAUCCUACAGCCACCGGAGUGGAGGGGUCACCACUGCAGGCGAGCGACAUCCAAGUGCAGUACGUUCAGUUAGCACCUGUGACUGACCACACAGCCGCUGUUCAGGGGGCAGAGACUUUGACUCCCACCUUACAGUCAGACAUGGAGAUCAAGCAUGGAGCCAUCCAGAUCCAGCAGGGUGAAAAUGGAGAGGUUGUGCAGAUACAGAUGCCAGUCAACAGUGUGGGCAGCUGAGAGGACACAGCCAGCAUUCAGAAACCAGCGAUCUUGAGCCAUGGAUGAUAUAGGCCUAAAAGCAUGAAGCUAAUUUUGCAGGUUGGAAUAAAAAAACUGGACCUUCAGCAAUAACAACUUUCCCUUCCUAUUGGUCAAGGAGCAGAAUCCAAGCUUCAAAAUCCACAUUAGAGACAAACUAAAGGACACUGUUUUAAAUGUUCUUUCAAAGAGUCUUCUUCUAAAUUUAGCUAGUGCAUCUUCUGGCAGAAGAAAAAAUGAACACAGUGCAAUUUGGUGCAAACAGCUUUUCAAGUCACUUGAGACACAAAAAAGUACUAACUGUGCAAAAGCAAAUCUUGUUGAAAGGGUGCUACACUGAAUUGUAGUUCCCCGUCUUUUUUCAUUUUGUUGUGUCAUUUAUUUGAGUUUGUCUUCCUUUUUUCCAUAUUGAACGUACUUUACUGUGCGUAGAAGAGUAGGGGAAAGCUUAUGGAUAGAUAAAGUAAUGGAUUCAUUCAAAGGUUAGGACAUUUUUUUGUUUACUUAAUGGGAUUUCUUUAAGUGAAUAAACACACUUUUUGUUGUU